AUGUAUGGGCUACCGUGGCGGCUGUCGGUGCUGGGCCUGUCCGCGCACCGGCACUUCGACUGGGUAGUCGAUCAGCUCCUGCGGGAGGACCUGCUUUCUUUUCCGGAAGUGCGGCCGUACUCGCGCUACCUGGAAAACAGCGGCCUUCUUGGCCUUCCCUAUAUCUCCCAUCACGUCGACGCGGGAGACGAAGCCCCAUUCGGGUACAACUUCGGCACGUCCUCUCCCGCGAGCGCAUGGAUCAUCACUUCCCUUCCGUUUCUGCAUCGAAUCGGCCUGCGAACCUUCUUCCGUAUCGACGGUGCAGUGCCCCCUAGGUCGGGGUCUGCAAUAUUCUCCGUCGAGUGGCAGUACGACCGCCUCAAGCCAGGACGAUAUUUCUAUGCGCUGCGGUGCCACAAGAUUGUGGAGCCCCUGGUCUACCCAUCCGCGAACGCCGGCAGACUCGCGUUAGCCGCGGUUGCCAAGGCGGCUGGACGGAUACUUGAAAGCACGAUUAGUCCGCAGGAGGACGACGCGGACGCAUCGGGCCCAGUGGAUACGCAACCGGGCUCACCACGGUGUGAGAUUGCUGAAGGCCACCUGGUUUCUCUAGGCGGGAAGCCCUUGCUUUGGGCUAGGGCAUACAAUGGUGGCCCACCACGCGACGAGGACGACAAGGCUGCCGCGGGGGUUUCAAAGUAG